GCAGAAGAAGAAUAUUAUAAUAAUUUUAAACAUAUGUAAAAAAUUAAUUACAAUCCCUCCAUUAAAUGCACUACUACAACAGCAACAACAACAACCACAACAACUACUAUUCAUCAUUAUUCGAUUUUAUAUUAAUGAAAACACAAGAUAUCGUCAAAUAAUACAUAAACAGAGAAAAGAAAUAAUAAUUUGUAAUAAUUAACAUAUUGUAAACUAACAGCGUAUACAGCAAACUACAGUAGGUUUUCAAUACAAACGAAACUACAAAAAAAAAUAACACGAGGAAGGACGGAGAGAAGGAGUGAAAAGAAGAAGAAGAAAAACAGAAUAGAACUCGUCGAUAAGCACAAACAUCUUAAACACAAGAACAACAGAAAAAAUGUCAUCGGGAACAUUUGUUGAUCGAAUCGAUCCAUUCGCCAAACGUUCAUUGAAAAAGAAAAGCAAAAAGAGUCAAGGUUCCUCACGCUAUAGAAAUUCACAGGAUGUGGAAUUGCAACAAUUGCCACCACUAAAAGCCGAUUGUUCGAGUUUGGAACAAGAAGAAUUAUUUAUUCGCAAAUUGCGUCAGUGUUGCGUAUCAUUUGAUUUUAUGGAUCCUGUGACUGAUUUGAAGGGCAAAGAAAUCAAACGCGCCGCCCUAAAUGAUUUAUCCACCUACAUAACACAUGGACGAGGCGUACUUACAGAAGCUGUGUAUCCUGAAAUUAUACGUAUGAUUUCAUUAAAUUUGUUUCGUACAUUGCCGCCAAGUGAGAAUCCAGAUUUCGAUCCCGAAGAGGAUGAUCCCACUUUAGAGGCCUCCUGGCCACACCUACAGCUGGUGUACGAGGUGUUUUUAAGAUUUUUAGAAUCGCAAGAUUUUCAAGCGACUAUAGGAAAACGUGUUAUUGAUCAAAAGUUUGUUUUACAGCUUUUGGAACUAUUCGAUUCUGAAGAUCCACGUGAACGUGAUUUUUUGAAAACUGUUUUGCAUCGUAUUUAUGGAAAAUUUUUAGGUUUACGAGCAUUUAUAAGAAAGCAAAUCAAUAAUAUAUUUUUGCGUUUUAUUUACGAAACGGAGCAUUUUAACGGUGUCGGCGAGUUGUUGGAAAUACUUGGAAGCAUUAUUAAUGGUUUCGCUCUACCAUUGAAGGCCGAACACAAACAGUUUUUAGUUAAGGUUUUGCUUCCUUUGCACAAAGUAAAAUGUCUGUCACUGUACCACGCUCAGUUGGCCUAUUGUAUUGUACAGUUUCUCGAAAAGGAUCCAUUCUUAACGGAACCAGUCGUACGGGGCCUUUUGAAAUUCUGGCCAAAGACUUGUUCGCAAAAGGAAGUCAUGUUUUUGGGUGAAAUUGAGGAGAUACUCGAUGUAAUCGAUCCACCACAAUUUGUUAAAAUCCAAGAACCUCUAUUUCGUCAAAUCGCCAAAUGUGUAUCCAGUCCACAUUUCCAGGUUGCUGAACGUGCACUGUAUCUGUGGAACAAUGAAUAUGCUAUGUCCUUAAUUGAAGAAAACAAUGCUGUUAUAAUGCCCAUCAUGUUUCCGGCAUUGUAUCGCAUUAGCAAAGAACACUGGAACCAGACAAUUGUGGCUUUAGUUUACAAUGUUUUGAAGACUUUUAUGGAAAUGAAUUCGAAAUUAUUCGAUGAACUUACCUCUAGCUAUAAAGCGGAAAGGCAAAAAGAAAAGAAACGCGAACGAGAUCGCGAAGAACUAUGGAAGAAAUUACACGAAUUAGAGCUCAAUCGUACAAAGAGCAUUCAGGGAGGCAACUCUAAUACUUCAACAAACGCUAGUGGUGCCUCGACGUCGGGAGGUGGCAUUUCAAAUGCCAACAAUAGUCAACAACAGAACACAAAUUCGCAACAAUCGAACAGUACCGCAACAGAUCAUAAAUUCGCAGCUGGUGCUAGUGGCGAUAAUAAAAUGGUGAAUGCGCCAACAGCAGCUACAGCGAAUGUCGGUGCCGCUAAUCCUUUUGCCAAAAUCAAAACUGAAAAGGUUGAAAAUUAAUUUUCAACAAUAUUAAAACCACCACCACCAGCAGCAGCAGCCGCAACAGCAGUAGUAGCAGCAGCAGCAGCCACAAUAACAACAACAACAACCACAACAUCAAACACCAUAAGAAAACUUAAGGCAGACAAAAAGAUCAGGAAAUACAAAUAUUACUAUCCGUAUUAAAAUUAUAAAUACUUUAAAAAAACAAACAAAAAUUGUUUAAACAAAAAAACAAAACAAAAAGUUCAAGCAAGAAUUGCAAUAGGAACAGAAACCUAAAAAUCAACAUCUAGAGCGUAGAGCGCCUGAUACAGAGAAAAUUAAAAAAAAAAAAAUAUUUAAACUAAAACCAUAAAUCUAUAUAUAAAUUUAAACAAAAACAAAAGAAACGAGCUAAACACGAGGACAGGUUGAUAUAAAGUUGAAGUCUUAGAAGAUAAAGAAGAAGAGGAAACAUAAACAGAAAAACCAAGAAAAGAAAAAAUUUAAUUUAAAUUAAAAAAAAAAAUGAAAUGAAAAGAAAUUUAGUAAUGGAAAUGGUAGAUUUAUAAAAGAAUGCGUUAUGAGCAACUCUAAUAUCUAUGAUUUAACUUAUGCCUAUUUAAUUAUUAAUUAAAAAUUUAAACAAAAAAUCUACAAAUAAACUCAUUUACAUUUAAAAUGAAUAAUUUUUAGAAAAGAAAAAAUUUAAAAAAAAUUAUAUAUAUACUAUUACAAAAUGAACAGCAGUUGAUUAAGCAGAUGUAUAAGAAAAAGAAGUCGAAAAAUAAAUCAAUAAAUAAUAAAUGUAGAAUAAAAAAAAUGAGCUAAAACAACAACAGCAAACUUAUUUAAACAACCAUAAAACAAAACAGAACAAAACAACACAGAGUAGUCUGCAGUCUAACACAGCAGACUUGCAAAUGAAAAAUUAAGUUUAAUUUAGGCUUUCUUUUUUGCUACAUAAAGAAAAUAUUUUAUAAAAUAAAAAUACAAAAUAAUAAAAAUAAAAUUAAUGAAACAAACAGAAAGAAAAUCAUACAUAAUAAAUAUUUUGAAAUAAUUUUUGAAAAAACAAAAAAAAUUAAAACAAAAAAUUAUAAAUUCUAAAUUGUUGUAUAAGUGCAUAUAUAUAUAUAAUAAAUAAAUUUAAAACAAAAAAGAAAACAAACAAAUUCAAUAAUAUUUCAAAAAAAGAAGAAAAUUAAUUUAAUAAAAUAAAGGAAUUUUCUUACUUUUUUUAAAAUUUUCUUUUGUAGACAUGGUCUAGGAAUUUAGUAAUAUAAACAACAACAACAAAAACCUAUUAUAUAAUAGCACAGACAUACAUACAUAAAUUUGAAAACCAACAGAAAACAACAACUACAACACUAAACCCCCCUCCUCUACCAAACCAACAAACCACCCCUCUCUACCCCUUCCCCCCCAAAAUUUAUGAAUUAUGUAAAGAAAAGUAUUUCAAAAUAAAUUUAACUGAAACUUGGAAAAUUAAGAAAAUGUCGUUGUCACUCAAAAAUCGAAAAUAAUAAUACAAACAAAACAAAAAUAUUUAUAAACAAAACAAAA